GGCUCAAAGUAGAGGGCUUGCCGUGAAUGGUCGUGCAGCGUUGCGCAUUUGCUUGAGGCGUUUUGAAGCUCCAUCAAAUGGAGUCUUCAACAGAUGAGGAACAACUCUUGCCACCACAUCAGCUCAAAGUGAAGGCCUAUAGCCGUUGGUGGCCAGCUGUUGCUGCACUUGGCUGCUCCGCUCUUGUCUUGAGGUCGGUGCUCAACACCGACACGGCAAAGGAUGUCAGGCAGUUGGAAACAUCUGGAGGAAUUUUCUAUAGUUCAAAUGGUCAGACGGAAGUGCAUUUCGAGUUGAGUCGUCAACGGAUUUCGGCAGCUGACAUCGAGCAAAUUUGGCCAGGUAUCAACGUCCACUUCGAUGAGGGCACUGGUACUGUGACGUCCCAAAGCUUGAGCGACUACACAGCGCAGCUCCUCUCAGAGCCCUCCCCUUUUGGUGGUCAGCAAGGGGCUGUAAAGAUCCCUGCAGGUCAAAGCUCAAGCGAUCAGCUGGACUGGGGACAAUACGUGGUCUACACCAGGAAGCAGGUUUGCUACAUAGCGGCGCUGAUUGCCUCUGGGAAUGAAGCGGCAGACUAUCACAGUGGUCUCAGCCAACUCAUUCCUCCGGACAAAUGCACCACAGGUGAUCUCUACCAAGCUGGCUUCAACCGAGCACUGCUGGGUUUGUUGGCGGCUUGCUCCGUAGAUCCAACGUUGGCAGAUGGAGGUCAAGGCCCCGUGCUCAUUGUUGCGAAGAGCACAGAUGAUCUGAGCAAGGCUCCUUCUUUGGACAACUCGGGUGUGCCUCUUGCUGAUGUUCCUCUCCGCACUUGCCGCUUCCGUGAUGGAUCUACAGGAAACCCACCCCUCUCGGACAUUCCGCAAACACCACAAGAAGCAUGUAACGACGAUGACUCCUUUCCUGUCGACUUCAUGAGGAGCGGCAAUUCUUUGAAAGGACAAGUCAUGGUGGACAUUACCGCAGCUUGGAUCGGUGGGUACAUCCUCGCACACAAAGGCUGUGGUGGAUUUGAUGGAGGGCAAGACGAACGGCUGAUGACGACCAUGCCAGAAGUCAUGGUUCUCAGCUUCUUCAUGUCCCAAGAGGCCUCGCCAAUUGCCAGUGAAGGCGUUUCCUUGCUGGUGCCUGCCUAUGUCAUCGGAGCCCGAAGGAUCUUUGCCAACUUUGAUGGGACCUCACGGGAUAUUGGCCCAGCUUUUAACCAAGGUAACCCUGUGGUAAAUCUGGCUGUGCCCAUGACCUCAGACCUGGUCCCGGUGCAGAUUGGUGGACAGAGUGCCCAGAUGAGUGCGAUGAGUCCCUUUUUAGGUUUUCAGAGCAUCAAUCAACAAGCUGGGCUGGCCAAUGAUGUUCCUCCAUGCAGGCUUAACCAGAAUCCCAUCCAGUUCCAGACGAGCGGGGAUUAUGGCUUCGAGAACCAGGUCAAAGCUUGGUACAAUGCAGUGUCCUUGCAAUUCUGGCACCCCGACGUCCAGGUGAUAUUGAAAUCCAUGGCUAAGUCCAUUGGCUCUGGUCCCUGGGGAUCAGGAGUAUGGUGGGGCAACAGCCAGAUCUUCGCACUGGUCGCCUGGAUGGGCCAAGCGUUGGCUCAACAAUCUUGGGACCAGGCUCCCUUUUUGGACUACUACAUCUACUCAAGCUUCACAGAGAACCCCUCCAACCAAUGUCUAAUCCAUGCGAGAGAAGACUGCAUCAAGUGCCUGCAAAGCUGCGACGAUGCAUUUGCAGGACCUGGCACGACGCAGAGAUAUUGCUGCAUGGAACCGCAGCCGUGGAUCCCAUCCUCUGGGCUCUUUCCGCAAACCAAUGACGGCAAGCCUUGCAUUCCCACGGACUUGCACGAGCAGAUCUGUGGUGAGAAUGGCUUUGCACACGUGUAUGACCAUUUCAAAGGCUCGACGGUCGGAGAACUCUGGAACGCUGUGAAAACUGCAGCUGCGACCGUGGAGGCGGAUCCGACAGCAACAACUUUGUUUGAUGCUAUGCUGCGCUGACACCAUAGUGAUUAGAGCGGGAGAACAAAGAUUCUCUUGGCGAAAACUGUGCUUAGCUUGCUUGAGCAAAAAGGGGUCUUGGUUUUGGCUUUGUCGGGACCCUUCAC